CGAGAGGAAACGACGGUCGUUUAGGAGCGAUGGAGAUUUUGGAUUACGUCGCCGAUGUCUUCUACGUGCCUCGCAGCGACAGGAGGAAGCUCAAGAAGCGCAAGCAGCUCCAGACGGUGGAGAUAAAGGUGAAGAUGGACUGCGAGGGGUGCGAGAGGAGGGUGCGGAAGUCGGUGGAAAGCAUGAAGGGGGUGACUUCGGCGGAGGUCGACCCCAAGCACAGCAAGCUGACGGUGAUCGGGUACGUCGACCUGGGGAAGGUGCUCUGGCGGGUCCGGCACCGGACCGGCAAGGUCUGCGACUUCUGGCCCUACGUGCCUUACGACUUGGUGGACCACCCCUACGCCCCGGGGGCCUACGACAAGAAGGCCCCGCGGGGGUUCGUUCGGAACGUGCUGCAGGACCCGCAGGCCUCGACCCUCGCCCGCGCCAGCUCCGCCGAGGUCAAGUACACCACCGCCUUCAGCGACGACAACUGCGUAGUCAUGUAGAUAUUAGGAUAGGAGCUUCAGUGAGUGUGUAUAUUGAUGGUGGUAGGGUUUUGUGCGUGAUUUAUUUGGAAACUUGGGAAGAGUCUGGGGUCUGAAGUUUGUGGGGUCAAAGUUUGGUUUAGUUGAAGAA